UGCCGUCAGGCGGCAGUCGCGGCGUUUCCAACGAAAGGACAUCGAUAAAAGCUGGGGCAUUGCAGCUGCGGCAGCUAUCGCAUCCUUCUUCAACAUGGCGACGCAGAUAAACUCAGGCUUCUACUUCGUCGCCAUCAUGGACACUUUCGCCGUCGACUUCACGGAUGCUUCCUGGCCAGGGAGCGUAUUCACAAUAAUGAUAUACUCAGGAAGCUUCGUCGUGGUACUGCUCCAAAAGUUCCUCACCGUGCACCAGAUAACCCUUUUCGGCAGCCUGUUGCUCUGGGUGCCGUUGAUUGGUGCAGCCUUCGCUCCCAACAUCACGUGCAUGACACUUACCCUCGGUGCUCUACAUGCUGAAGUUGGCUCUCGGCUGAGGACAGAUAUCCUGUCGGUGUCCGAUGGCGCCGCAGGUUCUGCAGUAUUGGACGGAUUUUCUAUGGGGCUUGCAUCUGUAGUCACCACUCUGGAAACCAACACCAAGAAAAUAAAGCUCCCGGGCUACAACACUAUGGCACACACUGCCCGCACCGCAAUUCUUGUCAAGAAGACACUAACCGCUCAGCCUCACGAAAUUGAAGACACUGAAAUUGAACACACCAUAGUAGAGGUGUUGCCGACUCGCAAGAAUCAACAGAGCCUAUACCUGGCCAAUCUUUACAGCCCGCCGCGGGAGCAGCUACUUCACUACGACCACUUCGUCCGGGAUCUUCGGAAGAACGUUAACGGCAACCGGCUUGUUGUGUUUCAGCGAGCCGUGGACAUGACUGUUUGCGAUCAUAUGCCUGCUAAAAUCGCAAUCGUAGUUUUAACCGAUCACGAUGGCGGCUCAGCUCUCGCUUUCCGUGCGACUCUUACAGGAGCGGGCGCUGGGAUUGUCCUGGUGAGCCUGAUGGUCGUCCUAGGCAUGCACUUCGACAAGUAUCUGGGUGCAGCCAGCGGCGUCCGGGACGCGGGAACCACAGUGUGCGCCUUCACAUUUCCUUCGCUGCUCUCCUUUCUGAGCGAGAAGUACGGCCUUCGCGGAACCCUCUUCAUUUACAGUGCUCUGGCCAUGCACGUCAUGGCUGUGGCGUUUUGGCUUUGGAUGCGAGCGCGAGUGGAAAAAAAGAAUGAAGCUUAUCGAAGGGCAUCGUUCAAGAUCGCCGCUCGUCAAUCGUGCAUUUCACAAUGGACCCUCGGUACUCAUCGAGCGGACUCCGUAACUUCUGCGAGUGACAUUCAUAAAGACAAAGGCGUUGAAGCUCCAAAGCACAGUCUGGAACGAGCAAUUCUACCACCCUACACGCUACCACCGACAAUUCUUGAAGACAUAGAGGAUGAAGAAGAGCCAAUGCCUUUCCUUGAAAAAUUUUCUAUCUUGAAGGCGCCAAGCUUCUACGUAGUCGUGAUCGGCGCAGUGGUCGAGAUAUACGGCUACAACGCCUUCCUAGAGACAAUCAACAGCUACGCAGUUGAUAAGGGGGCUCCACAGUCUGACGCCGACAUGGCGGUUACCUACGCCACCGUGCUGGAAGUUAUUGGCUACGUCGCGCUUCCCCUCGUAGCCGAUAUGGGCUUCGUGGGCCGCGCGACCAUGGCAGCCACGUGCUUUGCGCUCACGGCGCUCUUCUACGGUAUGGUGCCGCAUGCCGGGUGGUCGGUGCCGUACUUGGCCGUUGACGCCAUCCUCGUGAUGUUCGUAGCCACGACAAGCUCGCUACGCUGCUCGAUAAUGACGGAGUUCUUCGGUGCCGACCAAGUUCCGGUGUGCAUGGCAGCGUCUGGUUUGCUUCUUAUCCCUGUGCAACUGUGCAGCCCAUCAGUCAUUGGGUACUUCCGUGACGAUCUGGGCUCGUACGACGGCAUGUACCAGCUUCUAGCAGCACUCAAUCUCCUAGCGGCCUUGCUAUACGCACCGCUAGCCAUACAUGUGUCUUGCAAGAAGGAAACGGCCGACGACGAGACGCUGCAAAAGGAAAUUGAGUCGACAAGAAUGUAGUACACGCAGCUUGAACAAAAGACAAGAAACGCG